UCUGGAAUGUGUAUGGUGUGCUUCUAUGGCAGGACAGACGGCUUUAGGACGAAAAGUUAGUUUUACAAGUGGUAUGUUGUCUUUAACUCUAGAAGAUGCGCCACAAAGAUUUCUCGAGACGGCGGCUGCUGCUCUAGAGGGCGGUAGCAACGUGAAUCAGAGACGAAAUGGUCGCAGAGUUUCUCGUCCGCGCCUCAAUGCAUUGUCCGAGAGCGACGAUAAAGGAGAAAGAACGACAGGAAGUCAGGAGAUUGACAGUGUUACAGAUUCUGCUUUGUCAAGGAAACGGAAACGGCGAGUUGGUGUGGUAUCUAGACCCAAACUUAGUCGGGAUCAUCAAAACCAACGAUUUAUUACUCAUCUUUCAUCUAGCGAUAGUUUACACCGACUGCAUCAAACUGAUGAAGUUAGUGUAAUUGAUGAUAUUGCAGUGAAAAUGAACCCUCAUAUUCAUAUUGAGAGACAUCCAAAUGGCAAUGCAUGUGUACUUCAUGUUUAUCAAAAUGAUAUUGCUGCAUUACCACCUGAUGAAAUGGCUGCUGUAGUUCAAGAGUUUUUUAACGUGGUGUUUUCAGAGGAUGAAGCAGGACAAGCUCAUUUUGUAAUGGGAAUUGUACACAAUGCAGUUUCUAAUAUGCCAGAGAUGGUUAGAUAUCUUAAUUCUCAGCAUCCACACACAUUGGUGAAGAUGCAGUGUUUGGGUAAUAAGUCUGCUAUGGAGACAACAACUGUUGAGGAGUUUGCCAAAAAAGUGGAGGACACUUAUUAUAACAACACUUUUCGAUGUGGAGGACUUGAUCAAUUUAGUUUAGUUGGGGUUGUUCAAGAAGAAGUUGGCGACUACUUUCCAGACAUUCUUGACAUGAUUGAAGAAAAUCCUUUUUUGAAAGCUUCUUUGCCAUGGAGUGACUUAUCAGGUUUGCAGAUCACUGACAGGAAAGAAAGUGAUGAUGGACCUAUUCUAUGGGUGAGGCCAGGAGAACAAGUUCUUCCAUUGUCAGAAAUACCACGAUCGCAGCUUCCAAAGAGAAGAAGAGCUGGUAUCCAUGAGCUGCAAAAUUUGCAGUGUCUUCCACGUGUCUCUGAGCCAAGAGAGACAUUGCUAGAAGACAGAACACGAUGUCAUGCAGACCAUGUUGGCCAGGGCCCCGAUCGAUGUACAACAGCAGCUGUUGGAGUUUUGAAAGCAGUUUACACUGAUGAGAUCCCAUUUGUCAAUCGGGAAACCAAGGAGGUUGUUGCUUUUCAUGCUGCUGACUUCUCAGAGUUAGUUGUACGGUUGCAAAUUGAUCUUCAUGAACCUCCUACAACUCAGACUACUCAGUGGGUUGAUGAGGCCAAGCUGAAUCAACUACGUCGCCAUGGUGUACAGUAUACACAGCUUCGAUUGCAUGACAAUGACAUCUACUUUAUUCCUCGUAAUGUCAUUCAUCAAUUUAAAACUCUUUCAGCUUGCACGAGCAUUGCUUGGCAUUUAAGACACAAAGCAUAUAUGAAAGUUGAGGCAAGAUCAAGUGUUGAAAAUGACAGCAUGGAUAUGAGUGGAAGCUCAGAUGAUCGCACAAGAAGUGACUCUGUAUCAACAGCUCCAGCUAGUGUGUUUGGCUCACCUGAACAAAGUACGAUGCAGCAGCAACUGUCUCUAUUUGACAAGCUGCAUGCCACAUUUGACUUCAAUGAAGAAUCUGCAGCAAGACCACAUACUGAUGGAUAUGGACAGACUGUCGACAGACAGAAUAUUGUCAGGACUGAAGAUGAUAGUAACAGUUGUAGUAGUUUUGAGGGUUUUAGAAUGACGUAAUAAGAUAAUUAGGUUUAUGUAGGGGAAGCAGUGAUUUUGUUGCUCUCUCUACAAUGUAGGCAUGUUACAUGAGUAUAUGACUGCACUGCCAACAAUCAUAACCAUCUUUGUGUGAAGUUAGGAAAAGUAAUG